UGUUAUGUAACUUAUCAUGUCGCAGCUGCUGCCAAGGGAACUGAUUUAUCAGCAUUUUUUUUUUUAAAAAAUUAUCCCUGAAAAUGAAGAAUCAGAUAUUUGUUUGCAUCAUAUUUUUGCUCUGCCACGGCGCAUCAGGUGGUGUUGCAGACAGUGUUUCAGUGUCAGUGAUGGAGGGAGAUUCAGUCACUCUACACACUGAUGUUAAAACAAGCCAACAAGAAGAGAUUAGUUGGUAUUUUGAUGACACUCGCAUCGCUCAAAUCACUGGAGAUCAGAGUUAUAUCUGUACAGAUGUUCAGUGUAAUGAAGGUACUGAGAGAUUCAGAAACAGACUGAAGCUGGAUCAUCAGACUGGAUCUCUGACCAUCACAAACAUCACAAACACAGACUCUGGACUUUAUAAACUAGUGAUACUACACAGUAGCAGUGACAGUGUAUUGAUUUUCACUGUUGCUGUUCAGGGUGUUCCUGCUGCUGAACGAGAUGAAAUAAAGAGAAAGUCAGUGAAGGAGGGAGAAUCUGUCACUUUAGAUCCUGACAAGAUCUGUACAGAUGAUCAGUGUGAUGAGAGAUUCAGAGACAGACUGAAGCUGGAUCAUCAGACUGGAUCUCUGACCAUCAUGAACAUCAGAACCACAGACUCUGGACUUUAUAAACUACAGAUCAGCAGCACCAAUCUUCGCCGCCACAGCAUCAGCAGUAUUAAGAGCUUCGAUGUUUCUGUCAUUAAUUCAGGUCUGUCUUCAGCUGCUGUAGGAGGAAUAUGUGCUGCUGCUGUUAGUGUCCUGCUGCUGGUGACUUUAUCUGUGAUUUGUUGCCAUCGUCAAGUAAGAAGGAAAGACACCAGGCUGGAGCACAGUGAUCAGGUGAAUGGUGUUGAUUUGUCCACUAAUCAGAGUGAUAUUCCACUGAUGGACGAUGCUGUGAGAGAUCCUGUAAGCACACUGAUGCUCUAGUGACGAACACUACCAGUGACUCGUCCACUAAUCAGACUGAGAUCGAGCCUGAGGCUGCCAUUGAGAUCUAGUAUUAUUUUGAUACUUUGACUGAAAUGGAAAGUGAAGAGAGGAUGGGAACAAGAGAGAUUUUAUCAUUUUCAAUCUUCUCUUGAGCGUACGACAAUCUCUCGUUGCUCAGAGAAAUAGCAAGAUUUUAGGAGUCUCUACCAGUUCCAAGUGAAAUUUUACCUCAACACCAAUUUCAUAUAAAAUUUCAUAUAAAGUUAUAUAAACUUGAAUUUCCCCGUGCUGAGAUGCGUCGUAUAAUGUGUCAACUAUAGCCUGAGAUAUUGUCAAAAGCAUUAAAUACUGGAAAUAUUAAGAGGAUUUGGAAUUUCCAGUUAAUGUAGGCCGUUAUUAUUAGAUUAAUUUAUUAUUAAAUUACAAUUAAUUUACCCCGCAAUAAUUUCAUAGCACAUCACUGCAUAACUGACAUGCUGUGGAUAAUGAAAUUUUAGGCUAUUAGCUUACUACUCAUUGAAAAUGUUUUAAAAAGGUCUUUUAAAACAGGUCUAUUAAUUUAUACAAUGAAUUAAUAGGCGUAUAAUUAAAAUGAUUAACACUGCAGUCAUCAAUGAAAAUUAAGAGCAGCUUUAUUUCUAGCACCGACUUUCAAAAACAACCGGUUUGACGCAAUUUAUUUUUUUUCACUAUGUAAAUAUUAAUGUAAAUAUUUCACUAUGUAAAUAUUAAUGGAAUAAUUAGUUAUGUGCCGUUAUCAGCAUAUGUUGAAGUAGAUUAGUCUUUUGUUGUAUCUGGGAGAAUAUGCGCCGUUAAUGCAGCGUUAAUACUUUCACUUUGAAUAAUUGAGAUUA